AUGUCACGAGAAGAGCUCUCAGCGGCUGCCGCGCCGGUGCUGUUCCGCGACCGAUACCCACUGCCCCUCAUCGCGGAGACCCUGCAGAAUCUGGCCAAGGCUAAGUGGUUCACCAAGUUUGGGCUCUACGAGUGGCUCGUGUGCCCUUUCGGCCUGAGCGGCGCCCCGGCAUCAUUCCAACGAUACAUGAACAGUGUAUUGCGCGAAUGGCUGGACGACUUUGUCACAGCGUACCUGGAUGAUGUACUUAUCUACUCGAGCGGUUCGAAGGCGGAUCAUGAGGCUAAGGUGCGACGAGUUCUCCAAGCACUCGCCGACGCUGGGCUGCACCUAGACCCAGCGAAGUGCGAGAAAGGAAUCGCCUGCGACCCCGAAAAGCAGCGCGCCAUCCGCGAAUGGGAGGCCCUGACCACGGUGAAGGGUGUCAGAAGCUUUCUGGGCUUCGCCAACUAUUACCGGAUCUUCAUCCCCGACUAUGCCAAGAUCACGCAGUCUCUGGAUGCCCUGCUUAAGAAAGGAACUGCCUUUCAUUGGGGACGAGCGGAGAACGAGGCGUUUCAGGAGCUGAAGCGACGAUUUUGCGAGUCACCGGUGCUCAAGCAGUGGGACCCGAGCCUCCCGACCUUUUUGGAGACGGAUUGCUCAGGCUACGCAUUGGGAGGCGUCCUGUCGCAGGAAGGCCCAGAUGGACGUCGACACGCAUGCGCCUUCUUCUCGAAGCGACUUUCGCCAGCGGAGUACAACUAUCCCAUUCACGACAAGGAGAUGCUUGCCAUCAUGAGAUGUCUCGACAACUGGAACGCCGAACUUAGGAGCUGCGGCCCAUUUACAAUCCUUACCGAUCACCGCAACCUGGAGUAUUUCAUGACACGCCAGAAGCUCACGGAACGGCAGAGCCGUUGGGCAGCCGAAUUGUCCCAGUUCGACUUCAAGCUCGAGUAUCGACCGGGAAGCGAGGCUGUCGUGCCUGAUGCGUUGUCCCGCCGUGAACAAGACAAGCCACAGGGCAUUGACGACGAGCGGGAACAAGGAAGAAUGAUACAGUUGAUACCGGAUAGUGCCAUUCCAUCAUCGACAAGAGCAUGUAUCAACGCGAUGAGUUCUGACUGUUCAGAGGCAUCCACCCUGCCGAAGAUGAAGGUCUUCGAGGUAGCGGACCUGCAGCAACUCUGGGACGAAACGGUGGCGAAGGACUCGAUAUUCCGGGCAGCCUAUAAGGCAGUCCGCGAUCGCGAGCGUGCCUUCCCGCCCUCGCUGGGCCUGAAGAUCCAGAUUUCAGAAUGUGCGAUCGACGCAGGCAAAGGCUGA